GGCGAGGGGUUUAUGGGUGGAAAAACUUGCGGAGCAAGACGGGGUCUGCAUGGAAAAGGGGCAAGGACAGAACUGUAAGACUGGAAAAUGUGCAGUGGAGGGAACCCAGGGUCUUCAUGGGGGCGGGGGCGCAUGUCAACGUCGGCGGAAAGGCUUGGUAUGCAAAUGAAAUGCAAAGCAGGAUACAGAUGAGUGCAGUGUUCUGUUGCACUCGGCUCCAGUUCUAAGCCCAGGGGAGCUACGCUGCUAGUCCUCUGGCCUUGUUCUGUGAUCAGGCCUAGGAACCGCGUCCCGAGGGAGCGGAUCCGCGGCGUGGGAGCUGCAGUUAUAAGGGAAAGCUCGUCAGCUGGGUCAGCCGCGGUGGAGGCCGAAGGCUGCUGGGAGAGGAGGGGCUGCGCUGCAGAGCCUGGGCGGGGGCUAGCCCGGGGCAUCUUCUCCUCCGCUCCACCUUCGCGGAUACAAAGGGUCCUCAGUUCUAGCUACAGCCGGUAGGGAAGGGAUCAGGGCGGUGGUUCCUUCCUCUGCGACCCCUCGUCUUGUCUGUGAGGGAAACAGACUCUGUACGGCCCAGUGGCUGUCCUCCACCUCCCAUUGUCGGUAAAGCUCAGGAGUAGAGCCGGAAUAACUAUUGAGACUCGGCCCCCAGCCCGCAGGCACUGCGGCAGAUCGCCCUGGCUUCGCUUCCAGCCGCGCCAUCUGCGAGCACAGCCAUCCCGUACGCGGAGGGCCCUUUAAGGGGCGGGGCCGGUGUGCUCGAGGGCUGCCUCCUCUGAUUUGAUUCAGCGCUAGGUGGACUGGCUUUCGCCCGAGCCAACUGCUUUUUCUUCUCCUUCCCGUCGCUUCCCUGGUGACCCCGGAAGUGGAAGUCGGUGCAUGUCGGCGGCCGCGGCGGGGACGGAAGGAGGAAGCAGAGCGUGAGCGGGAGGCGGAGCCGGGGGAGCUGCUCUCGUAGCUCCCCCUGGCCCCAAGGCCCAGCUGCUCGAGGGGGAGGAGUUACCGCCGCUCUUCGGCACCAGAACGUACCAUGAUGGCUGUGACCUAAAACCCUCCGGAAGCCCCCGGGUCAUGGCCCAGAAGCACCCGGGAGAAAGAGGGUUGUGUGGAGCCCACCACAGCGGUGGUGCCUCCCUCAGGACUUUAGGACCCACCGCGGAUCCUGAAAUAUUUGCAUUCUCAGGACUCAGGGACUCAACAGGGACUGCUCCUAAUGGUACCCGCUGCUUCACAGAGCACUCUGGUCUUAAGUACACACAGCCCCCAAAUCCCGCCCACUGGUCGGAUCCAAGCCAUGGCUCCCCAAGGGGUCCAGGACCACCUAGGGAAGGAGAGGACCCUGAUCAGAGUGAGGUAUCUUCAGAAGAGUCAGGAGUGGACCAGGAACUCUCAAAGAGUGAGGCUGGGUACCACGAGGAUGGGAACCCUUCUUUUCUUUCCAUUCCAUCUGCUUGUAACUGCCAGGGAACCCCUGGAAUCCCACAAGAGCCUUACUCUGAGGGAGAUGGCUCUUCUAGCAAUUUUUGCCGCCAUUGUACGUCUCCAGCCUUGGGGGAAGAUGAAGAAUUGGAAGAGGAAUAUGACGAUGAGGAACCUCUUAAAUUUCCAAGUGAAUUUUCACGGGUGUCCAGCGGGAAAAAGCCACCAUCCCGGAGACAGCGGCAUCGCUUUCUGACCAAGGAGGAUAAUCGGGAGAGUGGACGCCGAGAUCCCAGGGCCCCUGGCCGACAUCGGCUGGGCCGGAAACGAAGUCAGACAGAUAAGCGCAGAGGCCUGGGGUUGUGGGGAGCAGAAGAACUAUGUCAGCUUGGACAGGCAGGCUUCUGGUGGUUGAUUGAACUGCUGGUGUUGGUGGGAGAGUACGUGGAAACUUGUGGCCAUCUCAUCUAUGCAUGCAGGCAGCUGAAAGCCAGUGAUUUGGAACUUUGUCGAGUUUGGGUGGGAGCCUGGGCAGGACGGCUGGGGGGCUGGGUCCAGGUAGUGUUCCAAUUUCUAAACCAGGGGUUUUACUAUGGGGCAGGGCUGUUCACCCGUUUUCUUAGGCUAAUGGGUGCUUUGCUGCUCCUGGGUCUGGCCCUCCUUUUGGGCUGUCUCCAGUUGGGCUGGCAAUUUCUGGUGGGCCUGGGUGACCUCUUGGGCUGGAGGGAUAAGGCCAUCAGGCUGUUUUCAUGGCUGGAUUCUCCCACCUUGCAGCGUUGCUUCACUCUGCUGAGAGAUAGUAGGCCAUGGCAGCAGCUGGUAAGAAUAGUUCAGUGGGGUUGGCUGGAGUUGCCCUGGUUCAAGCAGAGGACUAAUAGCCAAGGGAAUGCACCUGUAGCUAGUGGGCGGUACUGCCAGCCUGAAGAGGAAGUGGCUCGACUCUUGACCAUGGCUGGGGUUCCUGAGGAUGAGCUAAACCCUUUCCAUGUGCUGGGGGUUGAAGCCACAGCAUCAGAUACUGAACUAAAGAAGGCCUAUAGGCAGCUGGCAGUGAUGGUUCAUCCUGAUAAAAAUCAUCAUCCCCGGGCUGAGGAGGCCUUCAAGGUUUUAAGGGCAGCUUGGGACAUUGUCAGCAACCCUGAAAGGCGGAGAGAAUAUGAGAUGAAACGAAUGGCAGAGAAUGAGCUGAGCCGGUCAGUGAAUGAGUUUCUGUCCAAGCUGCAAGAUGACCUCAAGGAAGCAAUGAAUACUAUGAUGUGUAGUCGAUGCCAAGGGAAGCAUAGGAGGUUUGAAAUGGACCGGGAACCUAAGAGUGCCAGAUACUGUGCUGAGUGUAAUAGGCUGCAUCCUGCUGAGGAAGGAGACUUUUGGGCAGAGUCAAGCAUGUUGGGGCUCAAGAUCACUUACUUUGCACUGAUGGAUGGAAAAGUCUAUGACAUCACAGAGUGGGCUGGAUGUCAACGUGUGGGAAUCUCUCCAGAUACCCACAGAGUUCCCUAUCACAUCUCAUUUGGCUCUCGGAUCCCAAGCACCAGUGGUCGGCAGAGAGCCCCCUCAGAUGCCCCUCCUGCUGACCUUCAGGAUUUCUUGAGCCGAAUCUUUCAAGUACCCCCAGGCCAGAUGUCCAAGGGGAACUUCUUUGGAGCUCCUCAGCCUGGCUCUGGGGCCACUGCAGCCUCCAAGCCCAACAGCACAGUACCCAAGGGAGAAGCCAAACCGAAGAGGCGGAAGAAAGUGAGGAGGCCCUUCCAACAUUGACUCCCCUUCUCAGCUUUCCUCGAAUCAAUGUCAGGGAGUCAAAAGGGCUGUGUACAGCGCAGAAUGGAGUUUGAUUUGUUUAUUUUUAAAGAUUUUAAAAAGGGAAAAUUUUAAGCUUAAAUUGUUCACUAGUACUUUAGGCAGCCCCUAAACCACUGUCCCUCUUCCCUAGCAUCCAGGAACUGAAUCUUGUCUUCUGACAAUACCAAAGAAAUAGGGAUGGCUAGAGCAAAGAACCUAGGGCCUGGACCUGGGCUGGACAAUAUAUCCCUUUAAGGGGUGGGGAGUAUUUCUCUGGGGUUGGUAUGCCUUUGUCUUGUCAUUUGCCUUUAGAGCAGAUGGUCCCUCGCCCUUUUAAACUAUGAGUUUAUCUUAUUUCUGGGUCCAUUUUAGGGGGGAGUCUCCAUUACCCUGGUCAACUAGUUAAAAGACAGAACAAGGAAGCAUGCAGCCCUAAUUGUGGAGAUGCAGAGUUCAGAAAGUGGAAACUCUGAAUUUUUUUCCGACUUUCACCUUGUGGGUAAAUCACCCAACUGCAGGCUUAUCGGUGCAAGAAUGGCCAAAAUUAAUAACUUUUAAAAAGCAGACUCAUGCCCUCUGCCCUUGGGUAAGGGAGAAUGACAAGGGAGUUCUCACAAGCCCCCUUGUUAUCCAAGGGUUUGUAUUUUUUUAAGUUUGUUCAUAUUUGUAUGUACAUAUCUAUUUAAAGCCAGGGGAUUAUCUUUCUAUAAAUAUAUAACUGGCAACCUGUA